GUUGUAAGAAAAAUAAACAAAUGCAAUUGAUAUUGAUCUGGUGCCCUUUUGCAGUUUCCACAUCAGAAAAAAAAACAGCCUUACUUCAUUCCGAAUGCAAUUGAAUUCUUUGGCAACAAUCAAGUGAUUUUGGUCGUUUCGGACGGUUGAGACAGCCAUUUCAUCGAUGCUCUGUGAUCACGCGACUCUACGUCAAUCGAUUUUGUGUUUCUCAAGAGAAUGUAAAACGGAACGGAAAAAAACUCUAAAUUUAUUACACAAAGUUGUUGUGUUACAAAGUAAAUGAGUGCAUUUUAUUGAAUGGGAGCAAUUUAGUGACCUAUGUUUUCUCGAGAAUUGUCAAUAACAUGAUCCCAAGCGUUUUAGAAAAAGUCCCGUCUCGUGUAGCGAUGAGUUCACGUCACGUCAUGCAAAUACUUCAAUUUUAUUUCCAACUGUUGCUGUUGCCAUUGGUCGAACGAAGUACAAAGGGAGAAAAAAAACAAAUCUGAGCAAAAAUUAAACCAAGUCAUUCAAACAUCACAAUUAUUUUUCCUCUCUCUCUCUGGAUUUAAUGAGAAACAUUUCAAAUGACUUGAGUUCAUGCGCAUAAAUUGUGUGUUGUGAGGAGAACGAAAAUGAGCGAGCAAAAAAAGUACACACGACGGUACCAACAAUUCAAACUGAAUCAAGUUUGAAAAGAAAGCGCAAAGCACAUCAAAUUUUCAAUUGCCGCGUACAUGUUGCGAAACUCAAUGUACAAUGCAAAAAUCAUUCAUAAUAUAAUAUACAGGAAAGUAAUUUUCUGUUCGGAGUGAAGCGAUUCGUCAAAAUGAAACAUACACGCGUUGGUGCUGACGUCCACAUCAGCAACACAACAGCAGCAACAGCACACAGUACACAGUAUAGUUUCCCGCGUACAGUGUGUGUUUGUUUAAGUAGCCGUGUCGCGAUUGCGCGCACAUUUCAAUUUGCAAUUUUAGUAGUCGAAUAGUGUUGCUACACAACAGCCUAGUUUUGAAUGAUUUAGCCUUUUCUUGGAACUAUCACAAAAAAUUCCAUAUUUUUUCUACACAGUGACGAGUGUUGAUCUUUUCGACAGCAGUUUUUUUUUUAAAUAAACACCAGUCACAUUUUAAUAACAUAAGAAACACAUCGGCCUAGACUAUAGAGAAGAAAAAAUGGCGACAUGAUAACAGAUUCUGUGAUUCAAUUUUUUGGCUGUUUUUAAUUUUUAAUUUUUCGAUGAACGGUUACGCACACGCAAACAUAAACACAAAAAAACAUUCACAUUUUGGUGAUGCUGUGUUGAAUACAGUUCUAUAGCUUAUCAGCAGGUAUCAUUCACUGGUGUAUUUGUAAACGAAGUGUACGUCCAAUUUAAAAACAACGAGCAAACAGCUUCGACGGACUAAUAAACAUUUUUUAUUUGAGAAAGUUUUGGUGCACAUCACUGGUUUUUUUCUUUAAAUUUUGUGCGUUUGAAGUAAUAACAAAAUGUCGUCAAAAGAGUAUCGAAUUGAAACGGACUCUGAAACAUCGUACUGCGAACUGAAUACAGUUCCAAACAUUCUGAAUAGCAGCAAUAGCCUAUUGGUUGAUGGUUGUGUCGUGUAUAAAACCAGUGGCGAUAAGUUCCAAGCAAAUCAUUCAAAAAUAAUCACGCAAGCGAGCGACAACAUAUCUGCAUCGUAUACCAUAGCAUCGUCGUCUGUGGCCGAAACAACAAACAACAACAAUCUCUGCAGUACGUCAACUAUAUCAUUAUCAUUGUCGUCGCCGUUAUUGCACGCGUUAUCAUCAUCGUCGUCCAAUUUGAAAAAUAGCCGCGAUCCAAGCCAUUUCACGUCGUCGAGAAAUACAUCAACAGGCAGCAACAGCAGCAAUAGCAACGAGAUGGUAUUGCAACAACAUCAUUUACAUCAUCCGCUGAUUGAUUCGGAUUACCAUGAUCAAAAUUCGCCCGUUUCCAGUUCGGAUACAGCAUUGUUGCGAAGCAGUCUCAUUUACAUGUAUUCACCGUACACAACCGUCACUUCAUCCUCAUCACCGCCACAACAUUACCAUCAAAUUGUUGCGCAUCGGGCAACCGGUGAUUUGGUGAAUGAAGUCAUUGCAGACGCGAUCAAAGAUGAACACUGCGGAAUGAUCGAUGGAAUAAAUACCAGCCCGAACGGUGUACUCGUUGCCAAUGUCAAUUACAAUGGAAACCAUUCGGCGGCAAACAGUGAUGAUGGUGAAAAUAAUUCAAGAAGUCCACACAACAAUCAUUUGUCACAACACGAUGAAUAUGAUGGCAUUCAAAAUUACACCCAUUUAACCAACGCCACCGAUACAAAUCAUUCGGUGCUAAACCGUGAAAGUGUUACCGCUUACAGUGGCACCGCUUUGUUCACACCAAACAGCAGCGUCACAACGGCUACCACCUCCUCAAUCAUGCAUCCCAUUCAAACGUACGAAAGCGUCCUCCAUCCAGCUACACCCGGCAGUCCUGUGUUUCCAACCCGCACCGCAUACACACCAACCGCCAGCAACCUACACUAUUUCACGAAUAGUCCAACACCCGAAUCACAAAUGUGGUCAACGGCGAGCGCAACCAGCGAAGAUUUUGAUCGGCCAAAAGGUGGUGGCCUGCCCGAAUUUCAACGCUUGGCCAAAUCAUACUAUCAAACCAAUGGACAUGCUGCUCACAUUAACUACAGCUCCCAAGUCAACGACUCAUGGACCAAUCACUAUGAUACCAGUCCAGUCGCUUACAAUGGAUCGCCAACAAGCAACACAGCAAUUCGAUCCGGACGAUCUCAUAUUUCAGCCGGUGCAACACUCACAGCAAUAGGAUUAGAUGCUGAUAUAUUUACGGAAGGACGUGAAUGUGUGAAUUGUGGUGCGAUUUCUACACCAUUGUGGCGUCGAGAUGGCACUGGGCAUUACUUAUGCAAUGCCUGCGGUCUCUAUCAUAAAAUGAAUGGAAUGAAUCGACCGUUAGUUAAACAGCCGCGACGAUUGAGUGCAUCUCGACGCAAUGGUUUAUUGUGCUCAAACUGUCAAACCACUCAAACAUCACUGUGGCGUCGCAACCAAGUCGGUGAACCAGUCUGCAAUGCAUGCGGUCUCUACUACAAGCUGCACAAUGUUAAUCGACCGAUCGCCAUGAAGAAAGACACAAUCCAAACUCGCAAGCGCAAGCCAAAGGGUAGCAAAAAUGCAAACAAUGAUGGUUCAUCAACGGGUCGUUCGAAAAACUCGAGCGCGAAUAAUAAUAAUAACAGCAGCACCAACAACAACAACAACAACAACAACAACAACAACACAAUUCUCCAAGAUUCAACCACUGAAUUGCGUAACUUGACUGCUGCACUCCAUCAGCCGAUCACAACGACAAUUGUUCAUCAGAAUUCACCGCCAUCGAUCAAUGGUUCGGUGUCUCAAGUGGACAGCAAUCAAACGCCUCCAUUGUCGCCGCGCUCGUUCACUGGUCAAAUUCCGUCGCCACUUUUCACCAACAGCACACCCAAUACGACCAUGAACAAUACUCGUGCCGCAAAUUAUUUGCAACCAUACGUUAGUAGUGUGCCGCAGGGCCAGUCAAUGGUCGAAAUGUACUCGACAGCCGCAUACAGUCCAGUCUCGUCACCGUAUUACACAUUGAACUCAGGCAAUUUGCUGGCCGAACAUGAAGUCAAGAUCGAAGGAAUGCCACAUUCAUCACCGCACAGCAUCCACUCGCAUCACAUGGCACAUAUGGCAACCCACCAAAGCCACAGCCGGAGCCCAUCUAUUGACGAAGAACGCGAACAGCACGCACAAAUGAUUUCACGAAACCUCGAACGGCCAUCCGUCGUCAAUAUUAAAAUGGAGUAGGAAUUGUCAUUAGUUGUUUAUUUUGGAUUUGACGAAACGACAAUCAAAAAAAAAAAAAUUAUAUAUCUCUUUUUUUCCCAUACAUAACAUUCUAUUUUGCAAAUAUUACAAUCAAUCUAUGGCUAAUCUACCAAAUAACCCUGUGCGCCCAGCACAAUUAGUACGUGAAAACAAAGCAAAAUUUGUACGAUAAGGAUCAUUCAAUGCUCAUUGUUGUGUCGAUGGUGACACACAACACGCACACUUUGUAUACGUCUAAGUAAUCGCACUAUUUUAUAAGUUUCUAUUUGCAUAUUUGACAGAAUCGAACAAAUCGAAUUGAGUGUUUUUCUAUUCAAGCUGUUACAGUUUUAUUGCACUUUGUCAUUUCAAUCAGAUUUUUUCUUAGUGUUUAAAUACAUCCGUUUGAAAUUCAGAAUUGAUAAUAAGAAGGAAGAAAAAAACAACAUGCAAAUCAAUUUUCGGCGUUCGUUAAGUUUCUCUUUUUUUUAAUUGUUCAAAGUGUUAGGAUGUGAAAUUUUAUCGUCAGCGUUGCAGUCGAAAGACUUAAAAAUAAGUUUUAUCUUUUAAUAAUUUCUAUGAAAACCAAAAUAUAUAGAUGAAUUGAAGAAGUAGAAGAAUCGAAGAAGAAUUCAAUUGAUUGAAUCAUAACGAAAUCACGGUUCUGAAUCAUAAACACACACAUAAUUCGUAAAUAUUAGUGAAAAAGAUCUGAAUCAUAUAGAAACGUAUGAUUAUAACUUUGGGAUGUAAUUUUCGAAUAUUUUAAAUAAAAUAAGGUAUAAAAGA